GAAACCUAGAGAAAUAAUAUCGACUGUUAGAGUGAGUGAUUCACACAAUCGUUAUCUUCGUAUCUGAAGGACAGGUCGAGUGUCUCCGCCAGUGAUCACACAAUGGGAGCUCUGCUCAGUAUCUUCACCGUCGGUCAGUUGGCGUGUUGUUGUUCAUCUGCGGCGUGCGGUCUCCUCGGGUGCUGUCCGUCGUGUCGCAACUCUACGGCCGCCCGUAUUAUGUAUGCAUUGAUGCUGUUGUUGACGACAAUCGUCGGGUGGCUUAUGACCACCGAAUGGGUUCAGGAGAAGAUGAAAGACGUGCCCUUCUGUGGCGGCAAAGCCUUCUGCGAGAACGCCGUCGGAUAUCUGGCCGUCUAUAGGAUUAUGUUUGCGUUGACCGUAUUCUUCGUCAUCUUCUGUGUGAUGAUGAUUGGCGUUAAGUCCAGUCGUGACGGAAGGGCUUCCAUACAGAAUGGCUUUUGGGGCAUUAAAUACUUGAUUUUGAUUGGCUUUACUGUCGGCGCCUUCUUUAUCCCCGAAGACAGCUCUUUCGGCGAAGUGUGGAAGUACUUCGGACUGAUCGGCGGAUUUCUGUUCAUUUUGAUUCAAUUGAUACUAAUCAUAGACUUCGCCCACUCGUGGGCCGAGAAUUGGGUCUCAAAGCUCGAGGACUCCGGUUCUAAAUGGUAUUAUUAUGGUCUGGUGUCGGUCACAAUCUUCAACUAUUUGGCCACAAUCACAGCGAUUGUGUUGUUUUACGUGUACUACACGGCACACACGGGCUGUCAUUUGCAUAAGUUUUACAUCUCAUUCGUGUUUAGCUUUUGGGGCAUUAAAUACUUGAUUUUGAUUGGCUUUACUGUCGGCGCCUUCUUUAUACCCGAAGACAGCUCUUUCGGCGAAGUGUGGAAGUACUUCGGACUGAUCGGCGGAUUUCUAUUCAUUUUGAUUCAAUUGAUACUAAUCAUAGACUUCGCCCACUCGUGGGCCGAGAAUUGGGUCUCAAAGCUCGAAGACUCCGGUUCUAAAUGGUAUUAUUACGGUCUGGUGUCGGUCACAAUCUUCAACUAUUUGGCCACAAUCACAGCGAUUGUGUUGUUUUACGUGUACUACACGGCACACACGGGCUGUCAUUUGCAUAAGUUUUACAUCUCAUUCGCGUUGAUAUUGUGUGUCAUAAUGUCUGUGCUCUCGAUUCUGCCCAAAGUGCAGGAAUAUCAACAGCGGUCGGGACUCUUGCAGUCAUCACUGAUCUCACUGUACAUCUGUUACCUGACGUGGUCUGCCAUGAAUAACAACGUGGACGACAACUGUAAGCCAAGUGUGUUUACACAUACCGGCAAUUCCUCGCAGUUCGACACCCAGUCGUUGGUCUCAUUAGUGUUGUUCUUCGUGUGCGUUCUGUACUCGAGUAUCAGGACCUCAACCAAUACACAAGUGGGCAAAAUCACGGGCGCAAACACUAUACUCAUGAACGAUACGGGCGCUACCGGCGGAUCUUCUACUCAUCUCACUUCCAAUGAAGGCGGUGAAGACGGAGGCGAAACCGCUGAGAAAAAGGGUCAGACAUGGGAUAACGAAGAUGAGGGCGUGGCCUACAGCUGGUCAUUCUUCCACUUCAUGUUCGCUUUGGCCACACUUUACGUUAUGAUGACAUUAACCAAUUGGUAUAAUCCGGAAAAGGGAACCAAGAAUUUCAGCGAAAGUGUGGGCGCGAUGUGGGUUAAGAUCAUCUCCUCGUGGGUCUGCUGUGGACUCUAUACGUGGACAUUAGUGGCGCCGAUGCUUCUGCCCGAUCGGGACUUCAGCUAAAGCGACCCCUUUCUCGACAAUUGGUAAACGUUUGUGGACUACGUUUACGCAUAUAUUAGUCUUAUUUUAAUUAUUAUUAUUUGUCGAGUAUUUUAUAAAAUUUCUGUAAUUAUUGUCUAAGCUAUGGUUAGUAAU